AUGCAGCAUUUCCAUCAUUAUGUGUAUGGGAGUCACGUUUUAGUAGAAACCGACCACAAGCCCCUCAUUGGUCUGGUUGACAAGCCCAUUGGCUUAUGCACUCCUCGGAUUCAGCGAAUGCGCCUUCAGCUCCAAGGGUACAGCUACCAGUUGUGCUACAAGCCGGGUAAAGAAUUGUACCUUGCCGACACCUUAAGCAGAGCGCCGGACCCUCGAGAAUAUUCAGGUGAUCAGUCUCAGUGUCAUGAUGAACAUGUCCACGCUGUCCUCAGUUAUGUCAAUCCGGGUCCAACGAUUCAAGAAAAGUACGCUCGAGCCACGGAAGCUGAUUCGACACUGCAGUUGAUCGUCGGACUCGUUAACAACGGCUGGCCGGAGCACAAGCGUGAUUGUCCGGUUCCGGCGAAGCCGUAUUGGUCUGAGCGGGCAAAUUUGUCGACGGCCCGUGGCUUACUUCUUCGGGGGCAGCAAGUGGUUGUGCCAUACAGCCUUCAACGUGAAAUUCUAGCUAACGUCCAUGACGGACACUUCGGUGAAACCAAGUCCUUGGAAAGAGCAAAAUCCGCCGUCUUCUGGCCGGGAUACGUGGAGCAGAUUCGCAACCUUGUCGCUGGAUGCAGUAUUUGUCAGGAAAGAAGAAACCACAAUUCGGCACAGCAGUAUUAUCCGGCAGAAGUCCCGGAACACCCCUUUCAAAAAUUAGCAACGGAUUUCUUCCAGCUUGCUGGAAAACAUUAUCUUUUAACAGUCGAUUAUUUUAGCAAGUGGCCGUGUGUGGUUGAAAUGUCGUCGACUACCAGCUCUGUCACCAUUCGAGAGUUAGAGAAAAUUUUUUCUGAUUUCGGCGUCCCGGAAACUCUAGUGUCUGAUAACGGGUCACAGUUUGGCAGUGCCGAGUUUCGCGAGUUUUCCCGCCAGCAGCAGUUCUCCCAUGUCACGUCAAGCCCGUUCUAUCCUGAAUCCAACGGCUUCGUUGAACGGUCGGUUCAGACCGUCAAGUCUUCGUUUAUAAAAGCCAUUGAGAGCGGCCGCUCUCUUCAAGCCGCAGUCCGUGCUAUUCGCUCCACUCCAGUUGGUGGUGGCCUCCCGUCUCCGUCCGUCCUGCUUCAGUCUCGUCAUUUGAGGGGUAGUCUGCCUUUUGUGCCAGCCGCACUCAAGCAUCAGAGUAUCAACAGUGAUGCAGUAGAGGAACUUUUAAAACGCCGACAGGAUAAAAUGCUGUUUCAUCAGUCGUCCGCCGUCUCCAAACGGUAUCCGGUUUUAUCAGUUGGUCAACGUGUUCGUGUUCGCGUCGGAAAAAAAUGGAUUCCUGGUGUAGUGAAGAUAGUGUGUCAACAGCCGGAUUCCUACGUCGUCAGCACCAGUGAUGGAAGUGAGUUUCGCCGGAAUCGCAGGGCGAUCAACGUUUGCCGUAGUCAGCAAAGCGAAGGUCCAGCAACUCCUCCCACAGUCAACCAGCGGGCCCCUGCAGCAGGGCCCAGCAGAAGACCAAGAGUUUCGUUCAUAUUCCCGUCCUUCUCCCUGUCUAAUUCAGCUGCUAAUUCAGCAGUAUCCGUUCGCGCUCCGAUGGUGGUUCCAGUUCCCGGCCCGGCGACAAGCAACGUGGUGGCACCCGUCUUGUCUUUACCGCCAACUCGCCCAGCGGUGCCUGUGCAUGCUGAGCCGAUCCGUCAGGCCGUUUCCCCCGGCAUUACCAGGGAAUCACGCAAGCCUAGAGAGUGGCCGCCAUGCUCACGCUCGAGCGCGAGGUUGGCCGCGAAGAACAGGCGGAGUGUAUCGCACAGCCCAGCCAGGUCGACGGCAAGUAAUCCGACUUCAACGCUCGAUCCUGCCCAGCUAGCAAUGGUUCCUCCUUCGGAAGUUCCCGGCAGUCCCCUGGACCCUGUUCAAGAUUGUCAAGAGGCGGCGGUUCCAGCUAACUACGACUAA